AUGGCCUUUGAUGAAAUUUUACACCAUGUGGGCGACAGUGGAAGAUUCCAGAUUUUGAGGAUUGCCUUUUUCAUCAUUUUUUCUUUGCUGUCAUCCUCUCAUGACAUCAUGGAGAAUUUUACAGCAGCCACCCCUGCCCAUCACUGCAAUGUAAAACUUCUUGACUAUCCCAGAUCUGAAAUUAACAUCACUAUGAACUUAACUACUGAGGUUCUACUGAAGGUCUCUAUCCCAAUGGGUCCAAACCAGAAACCUGAGCAAUGCCGACGCUUCCGGUACACCCAGUGGCAAUUCAUAGAUUCCAAUGUAUCAAUUUCUAAUGACACGGAGCUUGAGACUGAGCCGUGCCUGGAUGGAUGGACAUAUGAUCACAGUGUUUUUACUUCUACCAUCGUUACAGAGUGGGAUUUAGUAUGCGAUUUUCAGUCGUUCAAAUACUAUGCCCAAGCCUUCAUUAUGGCAGGGCAUGUGAUGUCUGGUUUUGUGUGUGGCAUUUUUUCUGACAGGUUUGGAAGGAAACCAACAUUGGUGUAUUCUUGCUUGCUCUAUGGGAUUUUGGGCUCCUGCUGUGCCUUUGCCCCAAAUUUCACCCUUUACUGUGUUUUAAGAACCCUGUUGUCUGCCUCCAUAAGUAAUAUUCUACUCAACUCUCUUAUCCUUGUUUUAGAAGAAACCUCAUCACAGUGGCACAGCUCAAUCGUAACGCUCAAUGGGCUAGCCUUUAGCGUCGGCCAGGCCAUGUUUGGGGGAUUCGCGUAUGUUCUUUCAGACUGGCACAUGCUGCAACUCGCCGUGGCCUUGCCUCACUUCGCUCUUUUCGUCGUGUUCUGUUGGGGGCCAGAAUCAGUCAGGUGGCUAAUGGCCACUGGGAAAACAGAACAAGCAAUAAAGGAACUACAAAGAAUUGCCUCCAUCAAUGGAAAGAAAGACAUUGCACAUAAUCUAACUUCUGAGGCUUUGCUAUCUGAAAUUAAGGAAGAUGGAAAUUCAACCAGCAAACAGUCCCGAAUGAAGGACAUCAUUAUUAAUCCCACUCUUCGUAAAAUAGUGCUUUGUCUUUCCAGUGUAAUUUUUGCAGAAAUGUUCAGUGCUUAUGUCAUCAUUCUGGAUAUUCAAAUUUUGGGAAAGAACAUCUUCCUGAAUCAGUUUCUUCUAGGCGUGGUGGACAUAUCAAGCAAAUCACUGACACUUUUUAUAUUAAGAAACAUAAGACGUCGACUUUCAAUUGCUUUUUCACUCCUUGUAACUGGAAGUUGUGUUAUCAUCACCAUAUUUGUUCCUGAAGAGAUGCAUAUCCUGCGCCUUAUUAUUUUCUUUUUGGGAAGAGGAUUUUUUGCAGCUUUCACAUGCAUAAGUGUAAUCUACACUCAGGAGCUGACCCCAACAGUACUCAGGUCAACUCUGUCUGGUGUUUAUAACAUUGCUGCCCGAAUAGCAACAAUAUUGUCUGCACUAGCACUUGUUACUAGGAAGUAUUUUAUACACCUUCCUAUGAUUCUCUGUGGCAUCAUACCCAUAGUAGCAACAGUCAACAUCUAUUUUCUGCUGGAGACUUUAAACCUUCCACUUGCUGACACUGUCAAGGAUCUGGAGAAAAGACUGAUGAACAAAGGUGUCAGUAAAAAAAAGGGGCAGGACUUCCUGGAGCACACAGAGUGCUAAAGAAUCUGAAACCCACAGGAUUUCCACAAAUGUAAACCCUCUUCAUUCCAUUCUGUGCCCUCCAGACGUCACUCACUGACAGAGGUUCAUAAAUACACUUGUUGAACAGCCCUAAUGC